CCCGCGCCGGCUGCAUCAACUUCUUCUUCCUCCAUCAGAACCCCCCUCCCCCGGAAGAAACAAAGAAACAAAUUAAAAACACCCCUCCCCCACUACACCACACCACACCCUACUCAACAUGCCUCGUUCCAAGCGUGCCAGAGUCGUCCACGAGUCCCGGACCGUCAAGAAGGACCACAAGGAGCAGACCCGUCGUCUGUACGCCAACAUCCGGGAAUGCGUUGAGAAAUACGACCACCUGUUUGUGUUUGCGGUCGACAACAUGCGCAACACCUAUCUGAAGGAUGUGCGCACUGAGUUUGCGGACAGCCGCCUCUUCUUUGGCAAAACCAAAGUCAUGGCGGUGGCCCUAGGCCAGAACCCGGAAAACGAAGCGGCGCCGAACCUCCACCAGCUGAACAAAUACCUCACGGGGGCCGUGGGGCUACUCUUCACCUCUCGCGACCCGGCGACGGUUACCUCCUACCUCGAGAACUUCCGGCCGCUGGACUUCGCGCGUGCCGGCACGGUCAGCACACGGACAUUCACGAUCCCGGCGGGUCUGGUGUGCUCGCGGGCGGGCGAGAUCCCGGCGUCGGAGGACGAGCCGGUCAGCCACACGAUCGAGCCCGAGCUGCGGAAGCUGGGGGUGCCGACCCGGUUGGUCAAGGGCAAGGUGAUGCUUGAGUUGACCGAGGGGCAGGAGGGGUACCCCGUUUGUCGGGAGGGGGAGGUGCUGGAUUCGAGACAGACGACGUUGUUGAAGAUGUUUGGCGUGGUGACGUCGGAGUUCCAUGUCGCGCUCAAGGCGCAGUGGACUCGGGAGUCUGGGGAGGUGACCAUUCUCGAGAAGGAGGGAGAGGCCGGCAUGGAAGUUGAUGAGCAGUGAUUCAGUUCCUCUAAUCAUCUUUUUUUUUUAUCAUGAUGAUGAUGAUGAUGAUGGUGAUGAUGGAUCGCUGUCAUUGUCAUCGACUCAACAUGAUUCUCUCUCUCUCUCUCUCUCUCUUUCUUUGAGAAAAAGUUCCGAUUUGUUUGAGAGGUGUCUCUCCUUGAUGAUGGGAGAUCCCCGGGGCAUCUUUGGAGUUGGGUAUGGGCGUUUUGUUUCUCCUUUCUUCUUUUUCCCUUACGUAUGUUCUCUUCAUGUUUUCCAAGUUUUCGACUCGGUAUAUAUUCUGCUUGACGAGCGUAUGAACGGAUAUACCAUACCAUACCGAUAUGAAUACCAAGCCUCAAAAGCUACAAUAGAAAUACAUCAUGG